GCUGAGGCCGUCUCAGUGUGGUGUCUAUUUAUCUGUAAGUGAGCUGCCGGGGAGGAAUUAAAUAGAGACGCUGCUGCCUGCUGCCUCUGGACAGCCGAGCUGAGUCGCUGAUUUGCUUUAACUUGUAAGAUACCCAGCUUGCUUUAUUUUCUCAGAAUCAUUGUGUUGCUAAGCCUGGGGACGCUGUUUUCUUUUACAAAGGGAAAUCUAAGUUCAUUUCAAGGCAUUCGAAAUGGGGAAAGACUAUUAUCACAUUUUGGGAAUUGAAAAAGGAGCUACAGAUGAAGAUAUUAAAAAGGCUUACCGAAAGCAAGCCCUCAAAUUUCAUCCGGACAAGAACAAAUCUCCUCAAGCCGAGGAAAAAUUUAAAGAGGUCGCAGAAGCUUAUGAAGUACUGAGUGAUCCUAAAAAGAGAGAAAUAUAUGAUCAGUUUGGCGAAGAAGGCUUGAAGGGAGGCGCUGGAGGUACUGAUGGACAAGGAGGUACCUUCAGGUACACUUUCCACGGAGAUCCUCAUGCCACAUUUGCAGCUUUUUUUGGAGGUUCCAACCCUUUUGAAAUUUUCUUUGGGAGACGGAUGGGUGGAGGUCGAGAGUCUGAAGAAAUGGAAAUAGAUGGAGAUCCCUUUAGUGCCUUUGGAUUCAGCAUGAAUGGAUAUCCAAGAGACAGGAAUUCUGUGGGACCCUCUCGUCUCAAACAAGACCCUCCCAUUAUUCAUGAACUUAAAGUAUCGCUUGAAGAAAUAUAUAGUGGCUGCACCAAACGGAUGAAGAUUUCUCGAAAAAGAUUAAACCCUGACGGAAGGAGUUACAGAUCUGAGGACAAAAUUCUCACCAUUGAGAUCAAAAAAGGGUGGAAAGAAGGCACCAAAAUCACGUUUCCCCGGGAAGGCGAUGAGACACCACACAGUAUCCCAGCAGACAUUGUUUUUAUUAUUAAAGACAAAGAACAUCCCAAAUUUAAAAGAGAUGGGUCAAAUAUAGUUUACACUGCUAAAAUUAGUUUACGGGAGGCAUUGUGUGGCUGCUCAAUUAAUGUGCCAACAAUGGAUGGAAGAAACAUACCUAUGUCAGUCACUGAUAUUGUGAAGCCUGGGAUGAGGAGAAGAAUUAUUGGAUAUGGGCUGCCAUUUCCAAAAAACCCUGACCAACGUGGUGACCUACUGAUAGAGUUUGAUGUGACCUUCCCAGACGUCAUAUCUGCAGCAUCCAAAGAGAUCCUUCGGAAGCAUCUCCCUGCCUCAUAGAAUGAGAAGAACCUUGCUAUCCAUAUUUUGAUAAGACACUGAAAAUAUAAAAGUACCGGCAGUUGACUGAUGUGAAUUCUGCGUAAAGAUGUGGAAACUCUUCUGAGGGCUCAUUAAACUGCACGAAUAGACACAGUUCAAAUGGCAACGUGGGUUUUUACAGUAGGCAUGAAAAGUCACUCACUGUAUUGUAUUUCAUUUCUCCCAAGUCAGAAAUUUUAGUAUUUCAUUUAUAAGUAAAAGUUGGUUUUGUGGUCUAUAGAUAUACUUCUAGUAAAGUACUAGAUCAUCCAAGUACUCUCUCUGUGUGUGUCUGUGUGUGUGUGUGUCUGUGCGUGCAUGUGUGUGUGUGUCUCUGUGUGUGUGUCUGUGCGUGUGUGUGUGUGUGUGUGUCUCUGUGUGUGUGUGUGUCUCUCUCUGUGUGUGUCUUUAAAUGAUCAGUGUGAUAGCUCCCUUAAUAAAAAUUAAAAUUCUUAAUUGUAUAUGUAAUAUGUGGAGAAUAAAAGCCAAAGUCAUACAGAAAUGCAGUCUAGGUCACAUUGAGAAAUGCUGUGUUGGGCUGGUACCAGAAUGCACUGAUGUAUAUGCUUUACUGUUGUGACUUCUCAAGUAAGCUGUAGCAUUUCUUAAGAGCAUGGUUGUAAUGUUAUUAAAGCAGACCUCGACAUAAAAAGAAAAUGAAUGACAUUUUCUCUCCUGUGGAAAUCCCAAUAGCCAGAGUUACUGAUAUUUUAGAAACAGAUGGUUUUUAAAUAGCCACAUGUAAUUUUAUGCAAGUUGACUAUAUAUCUUGAACUUAAUAAGCUCAUUUUGUGGUUCAUUAGUUUAAGAUGUUUGUUUACUAACAUUUGUUUUUAGAGAAAAUACUGUUACUUGGCAUUAAUUGUCCAUUUACAGUGUUCUAUAAGUUCCUCAUGCUAUGUACCUUACAAAAUUUUUCUAAAGAACAGUGAUCUAUCACUGUGGUGUUAAACCACAAUCUGGACAUAACAAACACCACCAUUGCUUGUGGGCAAUGUACUAGCUGUCAUCAUAUAAAUAUUUUAUCUUUUCAUGUAUAUAGAUUGCAUUUCUUAGGUGUUUUAAUUUUUAAAAUAUAUUUACAUUCUAAAAAUUACU